GCAUAGCUCGUGCCGAAAACGACCAGCCAUCCCCAUAAACGUUUCGUCGGAUAAUUAAGAAAUUAACCAGCUUCUCUUCCACUUCGGCUCUCCCCGUCUCCCGAUCUCUUCCGGCAUCUUUUGGCUAUCGAGACCGAUUUUUUCUGCCUUCGUAAAAAAUGUCUUCUCUUGCUGCUGCCAGAGCUGAUAAUUUCUACUACCCACCAGAAUGGAGUCCAAAAAAGGGUUCUUUAAACAAGUUUCAUGGUCAACAUGCACUCAGGGAGAGAGCAAGAAAGAUAGACCAGGGUAUUCUGAUUAUAAGAUUUGAAAUGCCCUUCAAUGUCUGGUGUGGUGGAUGCAAUUCCAUGAUUGCCAAGGGUGUGAGGUUCAAUGCUGAGAAAAAGCAAGUGGGAAAUUAUUAUUCUACUAAGAUAUGGAGCUUCACUAUGAAGUCCGCAUGCUGCAAGCAGGAGAUUGUCAUACAUACAGACCCAAAGAACUGCGAGUAUGUGAUAAUCAGUGGGGCUCAGCGCAAGACUGAGGUUUUCGAUGUUGAAGAUGCUGAAACAUUUGCUCUUCCAGCUGAUGAAGAUAGAGGUAAGCUUUCAGAUCCAUUUUACCGGCUGGAACAUGAAGAUCAAGACCUGCAGAAGAAGAAGGAAGCUGAGCCACGGUUAGUUCGUCUUCAGAAAGUUUCUGACAGCAGGCAUUCCAAUGACUACAGCCUAAACAGGGCUCUCAGGGAUCGUCUAAGGAGUCAGAAGAGAAAGAUUGGCGAUGAAGAACAAGUUGCGAGAAAACUUGGUCUUGGAAUACGGCUUCUCCCUCCAUCACAACAGGAUGCUGCAAGCGCUGCAGCUGCUAGGUUCUCGUCCAAAUUUGAAAGCAAUCGCAAGGACAAGCAAGCAGCCAUUAAAGCUUCUUCCAUCUUUGAUCAAGCUUCCACUGCUUCAGGGAGCAGGAUUCUGGAACUUCAAUUGAAGAGAAGAAAAAUCAAUGCGUCUUCAGCAUCUUUGUUGAUAGCAGGCAGGGUGAAGCCUUCUUCAUGGAAGCUUCAGAAUCGGGUCUCUGUAAAUAAUGGGUCAUCUUUGGUCAGGACAAGAAGGUGAAGCGGGAGCCAGAAAUAAAUGCUUGAAAGCUGGGUUGUUUGUUUGAGCAGUUUCAGAUUAAAUGGAGUUAUUUGUUGAAUGAUGAGUAUGAUGGAGCAUGAAGUUGUUUUUAAUGUUCUUUUGGUUGAAAGCAUGAAGUUGUUUUUAAUGAUUUUUAUCAGAUUUGUAUUAGCUUAUGUUCGCUUUUUCUCUUCAGCAAUCUGAAUUCUAGUAGAUGUAUAUCUAUUUCACCUAA